AUCGAUAUCAUAUAUUCAUAUGCAAGCAAUAUUACGAUUAAUCAUCUUGCCGCAUUAAAGCUUUAACUUUCGAUAUUACAAACACUAAAGCUUUGACCUUCCACCUGUUCAAUUUAGAGGACAUAAUCAUUUUCCUUUUUAUUUUUUAUUUUUUUGGUAUGAGACACAUAAUCAUCUUCUACCUUUAUUACCAUUUUACUACACAUCAAUUUAUAAUUUAUAAUAUGGAUUAUUUGCCAACCCACAACUCUUCCUCUUCAUAAUCCCCUAGCUGCUCAUCAAUGUUCAUCAGCAAAUUAAGCCCACAACUCUUCCUCUUCAUCUCCCCUCCUCAAUUCCCACAAAUUAAAUUUCUUAAAACAUGUUUUCGGUUACAAAUUUCGCCCAUAAUUAUAAUAAUGAUAAUAAUUUUUGGGUAUUUAUUCACUCAUCUCUUGAUGCAAUAUUCACUCUAUAUAACAUAGUACCUCCAUCAUUAAGUUCAAAUGUAGAUUGACAUUCACAUUUGGCUUUUGUAGAGAGCUUGAUGCAAAUGGAAGGUGGUAGCUUGAGUUAACAAUGUAUCUUUGUACUGGAGACGCUGCGAGGCAAGCUCGAUUGUUAAGAAAGCAUAUACUUACCCAAAGGAGAAAUAGGAAAGCAUCCUUGGACCAUGCUAGAAGACACACGAUUGGACUCAAUAAAAUUGACUUCAGAUCAAUGGAUCCUAGAUAUUCUGCUAGACACGCUCGGCUAUUAAGAACACAUAUACUUGCAGAAAGGAAAAAACAAGUGGCAUCAACCAUAACACAGUCCUCGGAUGGUGCUACAAGAAUAAGCAGACCAUCCUCAGAGCAUGUUAGAAGAGCCACUACUAGAUCUAAUUUGAGUGGUUUCACAAUGCGAGAUCCUAGAGAAAACGGCAAACAAGCACGACUAUUAAGAAAGCAUAUUAUUGCCCAAAGGAAAAGGCGUCCUGUAACAAUCUCAAACUCUGCUACAAGAACCAUGACCAGAGACAGUGUAGUUGAUGACCCAUGCAGUUCAACAAGUAUACCAUCUAUUCCAAGUAAGGGGAAAAAACGUUCCCGACAGAUUGACAAUGAACAAUUUGACAUACCAAUGGCACUCCCAACAAAUGGUGAACAUACAAGAAAAUACACCCAGCCUUGGAGUUUUGGCGGCCCAACAGGCAGAUGCUCGGAUUGUGAAGCUAUUGUUUGGUUUGAGGAACGAGCAAGGAAAGAUAGAAACAGCAAAUCUCCAAAAUACAGCAUAUGUUGUCAGAAGGGAAAGGUGAAGCUACCCCUAUUAAAAGACCCACCUGAGUUCCUAAAAGAGCUUUUGAACUGUAAUGACCCAAGAUCAAAACAAUUCAAAGAUAGAGGAAGGGUGUAUAACUCAAUCAAUGCUUUCACUUCAAUGGGUGGAAAGGUAGAUAACACCAUCAACCGAGGAAAUGCACCAUAUGUGUUCAGGCUAAAUGGCCAGAACCACCAUAAGAUUGGGUCAUUACUUCCUCCCGAAGGCAAGCAACCGAGAUUCAGCCAGUUAUAUAUUUAUGACACUGAAAAUGAAGUGGAAAGCAGGAUCCACAGCAUUGGAAAUGGCGAAAGCACUCCAGAUUUGGACCCUGAAAUUGUUGCAGGAUUAUCAAAAAUGUUUGACAAGCAUAACCAGCUAGCUAAGGUGUUUCGAAUGGCAAGGGAAAGGUUUGCUGAGACUGAUUUACAACCGGUGAAGAUCAGAUUAAUAGGAACAAGGGCCAAAGAUGGCAGGCAAUAUAACCUGCCCAGUGCCUCUGAAAUUGCAGCAUUAAUAAUUAGAACAGGUGAUGCUGAAAAAGGACCUCGCGAUGUCAUAAUUGAAGACAAACAUUUUGGCUUGAAAAGGAUAUCAGAACUUGACCCGAGUUUCAUGGCAAUGCAAUAUCCAUUACUAUUUCCAUACGGAGAAGAUGGAUAUACAACAGAUAUCCCACACAAUGAUGUAGAUGCAACUGGGAGAAGGGUGCGGACAACUGUCACAAUGAGAGAAUAUUAUGCAUUUCGCUUCCAACAGAGAGAAAGGGAGGCAAAAACAAGAUUCCAAUUGGGAAGAUUGAAUCAACAACAACAAGUUGAUGCCUUCACAUGCGUGCAAGAAAGUAGAUUAGAAUGGGUAAGAGGAAACCAAAAAAAAAUUCGCAAGGAUGUCCUACGUGGAUUAGCCGAUGCAGUUUCACGAGGGGAUACCGAACCAGCAUCGAUAGGUCAGCGUGUUGUGCUGCCACAAUCAUUUUCUGGUUGCCUCAGAUUCAAUGUCCAAAAUUACCAUGAUGCCCUAGCAAUUUGCAGAUGGGCUGGCCCUCCAGACCUCUUCAUCACAAUGACAUGCAAUCCAAAAUGGCCAGAGGUUAAAGAUUUCUUAUCUUUGAUUCCAGGACAGAAACCUGAAGAUCGACCUGAUAUCAUUGCUAGAUUGCUUAAGAUCAAGCUUGAUGAGUUAAUUGAUGACCUUACAAAAAAAAUCUCUGUUGGCGGACAAAAGCAGGUUAAUAAAAAAUAACAUUCAAAUGGGGCAUUUGUUCAAUCUUUACUAACCUGACAAUCAACUAUCCUUCUUUGUGUUUUAUAAAUUUAUU